GGGGUGAGCGGGAGGCUCCCUCAGCCCCCGCCGGCUGCCGGGGGAGGGAGGAGCAGCCCCCGGCAUCCGGCGCCUGACGCAGCGCGGGCGGCGGUGCCUUGUGGCGAGCGGCUCUCCGGGCGUCCUGCGAGCGGGGACAGAGCCAGCGCCGCCGGGCCAUGGCCGGGGGAAGGGUCCUGAGCGCCUGGGCACUGCUGGCCAGCCUGGCCGCGGCCAGCUGGGGCGUCCGAGGGCAGAUCUACGUGAAGGAAUUCAGUGGCAAGGUGUUCCUGGAAUGUGUGCGAGGCCAGGGCAAAAACGUCACCUGGUGGAAGGACGGGAGCGCGGUUGGACACGAGGCACAGCUGAGCCUGAGCGGGGUUUAUGACGACCCCAGGGGCCUCUACGUGUGUGAAACGGGAGGGCAGAACAAAAGCCUCCAGGUGCACUAUCGCAUGUGCCAGAACUGCAUCGAGGUGGACGCUCCCACCAUCUCAGGCAUCGUCGUCGCGGAUGUGGUGGCCACGCUGUUCCUGGCCCUGGCCGUGUACUGCGUCACUGGCCACGACAGGGGACACUCCUCACGAGCUUCUGACAGGCAGAACCUGAUCAGCAACGAGCUCUACCAGCCCCUCGGGGAGCGGGAGGAUGAGCAGUACAGCCGGCUGGCUCCCGCCCGUGCCCGCAGGUGAAGUGGGAAGACUCCGAGCCUCUGAGACUGCCUUCAUCAGCCUGCUGGUUCAGCUUGGGGGUCCCUCCAGGAUGGGCUGCUGGUAGCCCUGUGCUCACUCCAUGACCUCUUGCACUUCUGUAUUCCUGCCAUUAAAGAUGAGCCUGUCCCACA